AUGGCCUGCUGCCUGUUGUACCGUGGUGACGUGGUCCCCAAAGAUGUCAAUGCUGCCAUUGCCACCAUCAAGACCGAACGCAGCAUCCAGUUUGUGGACUGGUGCCCCACUGGCUUCAAAGUUGGCAUCAAUUACCAGCCUCCCACUGUGGUCCCUGGUGGAGACCUGGCCAAGGUCCAGCGGGCUGUGUGCAUGCUGAGCAACACCACGGCCAUCGCUGAGGCCUGGGCCCGGCUGGACCACAAGUUUGACCUGAUGUACGCCAAGCGUGCCUUUGUUCAUUGGUAUGUGGGUGAGGGCAUGGAGGAGGGAGAGUUUUCUGAGGCCCGUGAGGACAUGGCUGCCCUGGAGAAGGAUUAUGAGGAGGUUGGAGGGGAUAAACUGAUAGAGAGAGUAAGGCUGAAGACUUUUGGCUACACAUGGAAGAAGGAGAUGGAGGUCCUGUGCCCCCAGCAACAUCAUCUGGGGGCCAGGUACAAGGAGCUCUUUAACUCGGAAGUUACGGUACUACCUUACUUGUGA